GUCCCACAAACAAACGCAUUUACCGUUGUGGGAAAGGAUAAACAAACGAUUAUUUUCUUGUAUAUUCUCAUCAAAAUGGUUGUUCGAUGUGCAUGGGGAACGUGUAAUAAUGACGAGAGAUAUCCAGAGCGAAUGCAAGGCCAUAAAUUUAUUCCUUUUCCAAAACCUAAACGUGAUUUAGAGAAAUGUCGCCGUUGGAUCAAGGCCUGUGGACGACCCCACGAUCAGCUGAACGUUGACCGCAUUAAUAAACACAAAGCUGUUUGUUCCAAACAUUUUAUUGGUGAAAAUGGUCCCAAUGAGCAGUAUCCAGAUCCCAUACAGGCAGAUGGUUCCGCAAUGAAGCCCAGUAGGAAAAUAAAGAGGAGAGGAAGCCCUGCAAAAAGCAACAAAAGAAAACUGAAGCUGGUUUUUCCUGACAAUGUACAAGAAGAUCAUAAACAGGAUCAGCCUUCAACAUCCCAUAUCGAUGACUUAAAUAAAUCCUCACAAACUGAUGAACAAUGGUUGUCUCCACUGGAUUUACUUGCAGCAUCUAUAGAAUGCCAUGAACUUAAAAAUGAACUUAUUUUAAGGAAUGAGGAAAUAAGAAACCUUAAGGAAUCUGUAGUCGUCCUAAAGGAAGAAAAUAAAACACUGAAAGAACAGUUAGCCGAAAGAAGCAGAUUUGGCAUAGAAAGUGUUAGAGUCAAAGAAGAAAAAAUUAAGGGGCUGUUCAAGUACUACACAGCGAUAACAUAUGUUCGAUUCUUGGCCUUAUUUUCUUUUUUAAUUCCACCAGACUUCUCCCUCGAGUAUGAGAAAGGCAGGACAGAUUUGAAAAAAUUGUCUCAAAUUGAUUGUCUUUUUCUUGUUUUAGUCCGUCUUCGACACAACUUCGGGCUCAAGGAUAUAGCCAUGAGAUUUGAAAUCAGUACACAAUCUGCAAGCAGCCUAUUCAAUACAUGGAUUGAUCACAUGUAUUUAAAGUUUGGCACAUUAUCAAUUUGGCCACAUAGGAAUGCUAUUAUAGAAAAAAUGCCAAAGGAAUACAGAAAAGAUUUUCCCAAGUCACUGGUUAUAAUUGAUGGUACAGAAUUUAAGACACAAUCACCAUGCGCCCUUGGAAUUCAGAGUCAGUUGUAUAGUGAUUACAAAUCAAACACAACAUUGAAAGCCCUUAUAGGAUGUGAUCCGAGUGGUUCUGUUAUAUUUAUUUCCGAGUUGUUUACUGGAUCCAUUUCAGAUAAGGCUAUAACUGAACAAAGUGGAUUUUAUGAACUUUUAAGUUCCUUGAAGGCGAAAGGUAUAAUAGAAGAGGGUGAUGCAGUUAUGGCGGACAAAGGGUUUACAAUAGAAAAGGAACUGAAAAAUAUUGGUUUAAAGUUGAAUAUUCCACCAUUUGGUGCCAGCGGAGCACAAAUGUCAGCUGCUGAUACCAGACAGACACUUAAAAUUGCAAAGCAUCGUGUUCAUAUAGAAAGACUAAUUGCAAAAAUUAAAAUCUUUCAAAUUUUAUCAAAUGUUAUUCCAACAAAUAUAUUUCAAAGUAUUAACAAGAUUUGGUCUGUCUGUUCCUUUCUAACAUUAUUUCAGGACAUCUUCGUCACAGACAAAUCUAAUUAAUGUUUAAAUGUGCAUUUUUGUCUGAUUUAAGUGCUUUCUUUCUAGUUAUGUUGUAAUAUGUUUCUUGAUUGGUGCUAUUACAUACAUGAACAUAUAUAUGUAAUAAUAAAAAU